AUGGCUUCUGCAGUUUGUGAAAUUGUUUGGUUGGUACAAUUGUUGACAGAACUUGGUUAUCCUCCUUUGUCUCCGGUUUCCUUGUUUUGUGAUAACCAGUCGGCCUUGCACAUUGCUUCGAAUCCAAUAUUCCAUGAACGCACUAAGCAUAUUGAUAUAGACUGCCAUAUUGUCCGAGAGAAACUGCAGGCUGGUCUUAUUCAAACUCACUAUGUUCCCAACAGUGAUCAAAAGGCAGACAUAUUUACUAAAGCACUUGGCAGUCAGCUCCAUCAUCACCUCUUAUCCAAGUGGCAGGUUUCCUCUACAUUUGGUUCUGGUUAUGGUGAUUUUGUUCGUUGUGCAUCAAACAUUAUAACGUGCAUAGAGGAGGAGAGAGAAGCGCUGCUUGCUUUGAAGCAAGGCCUGGUAGAUGAACGUGGCUAUCUCUCGUCAUGGGGAAGUGAAGAUGUUAAAAUAAAUUGUUGUAACUGGAGAGGAGUUCAGUGCAACAACCGAACUGGCCUUAUAAACAAGCUUGAUCUUAAUGUAUUGCUCGACGAGUACUCCUAUCCCUUCCAGGGUUUGAGAGGUACAAUUAGCUCUUCUUUGCUUAAAUUGCAUGAUUUAAGUUAUUUAGACUUCAGUUUCAAUAAUUUUGGUGGAAGCCAAAUCCCUAAGUUCAUUGGUUCCCUCAGCAAAUUGACUCACCUUAGUCUCUCUGAUAGUAAUUUUAGUGGACUAAUUCCUUGCCAGCUUGGAAAUCUUUCAACUUUGCAAUUUCUGGACCUUGGCGUUAAUUUUGGUUUAUCCAUUGGAAACCUUGAGUGGCUUUCUCACCUUUCUUCUUUGAGUUAUCUUGACCUGACUCAUAACAACCUUAGUAAAUCCAGUGAUUGGUUUAAGGUAGUUAACAAGCUCCCUUCCCCAAGAACCUUGAUUCUACAGCAUUGUAAUCUUCCACCGAUCAUUUCUUCCCCUCUGUCACUUGUCAAUUCUACAUCUCUUCUGCACCUCGAUCUCCGUUCCAACAGUCUCACUUCCUCAAUGUAUCCCUGGUUGUUCAACGUUAGUAAUAAUCUUGAUUAUCUUGACCUUAGCUCCAACCAAUUACAAGGUUCCAUUCCAGACGCUUUUGGGCGCAUCACUUCGCUAACAGAUCUCUUUCUUUUUUAUAAUCACCUUGAAGGUGGAAUUCCAGAAUCCUUUGGGAAUAUGUGUCGCUUACUUUCAUUAGAUCUGGGUUAUAAUAAUCUUGGAGGAAAACUCUCGAAGUCUAUUCGAAACUUAAUUGGUGGGUGUACUGAAGGCACUCUGGAGGACUUGUACUUAAAUGACAAUAAAUUCAUAGGUUCAGUGACUGAUCUUUCAAGAUUUAAGUCCUUAAAAAGGCCUCAUUUCCCAAAAUGGCUCCAAACUCAAAAACAUCCUGAUGUUCUGGAUAUUUCCAAUGCUGGAAUCUCUGAUAGUUUACCUGAAUGGUUUUGGGAUCUAUCCUCAAAAUUACGUGAAUUAAAUCUCUCUCACAAUCAUUUUGAGGGUCCAAUUCCAGCACUUCCUUCACAUAUAUCUUAUGUGAAUCUGUCCAAAAAUAAGUUUUCGGGAACGAUUUCUUCCUUAUGUUUCACCUUUGAGAGUUUGCAUCAUAUUGACCUCUCCAGUGACAUGCUAUCUGGAAGGGUUCCAAAUUGCUGGAAGCAAUUCAAUGACUUAACCAUAGUUAAUUUUGCAAACAACAACUUCCUCGGGAAAAUUCCAGACACGAUGGGCGCCCUAAGUAAUCUUCAAAGCUUGAGUUUACGCAAUAAUAGAUUCUUUGGAGAAUUGCCUUCGUCUUUGAAGAAUUGUAAAAAACUAAAAGUUCUAGAUUUAGAAAAGAACGCAUUAUUAGGAAGGAUACCAGAGUGCAUAGGGGAAAGCCUGCAAGAUUUAAUUGUUCUUAGUCUGAAAUCCAACAGAUUUUCUGGAAAUAUUUCACUCCAGUUAUUCCAUCUGGCAAAUAUUCAAGUCUUGGACCUUUCUUUAAACAAUAUUUCAGGAACUAUACCAAAAUGUUUCAACAAUUUUUCUGCAAUGACUUAUGAAGGGAGUAUCAGUACCACCCUCACCACCGACUAUUUCCUCGAUGGAAGUCUAUAUGUGUACCAGAGACGAGAGUAUUUUGACAAUGCAGUGUUGACAUGGAAAGGAAGUAAAUUCGAGUUCAAGAAUACUCUAGGAUUGGUAAAGAUGCUUGACCUUUCAAGCAAUAUACUAAGCGGAGAAGUUUCUGGAGAAAUUAUGAGUCUUACAGGAUUGGUUGCCUUAAACAUUUCUAAAAACAAUUUGAGUGGAGAAAUCACUUUGAAAAUUGGUGAUUUAAAAUCAUUGGAUUUCCUUGAUUUAUCAAGAAAUCAGUUUUCUGGUCAAAUUCCUCCAACCCUUUCACUAAUAAGUGGUCUUGGUUUCCUUGACCUUUCAAAUAACAACUUGUCAGGCAGAAUACCAUCAGGCACCCAACUCCAAAGCUUCAAUUCCUCGAUGUAUGGGGGGAAUCCCGGUUUAUGUGGGUUGCCACUUCCAACUAAGUGUCCAGGUGAUGAACCAUGUCAAGGUCCUGCCACUAAUAAUGGAGGAAAAGAGGGCACAGACGCUCCAAAAGAUGACCUAUGGUUUUAUUUGAGUUCGAUAAUUGGUUUUGUAGUAGGGUUUUGGGGAGUCUGCGGGACUUUAUUGUUCAAAGCUUCGUAG